GAUCGGUGUUCAUUCGCUUGAAAUACUCGCGGCGAAGCGGAUCGUGCUCUUGAGCGAGUGUCUCUAAUUCCCCCACCCCCACCAGAAAGUGAAGAUAAGCCAAGGGAUUUUGGUUGGGUAGAUGUGAAAAAUAAAUCAGCCAGUUUUAAUCGUGUGACCCAAGUGACAAAACGCUCAAGUUCGGUGGAGGCGCGCCGGUGUGUACAUACGCCAAAGUCAAAGGUUACUUACCAGCGGUAGAAAUAAAAACGGUGAAGGUGAAAGCAGAAAAAGGAGGGCAGACGAAACGUUAUUUCGGGGCGUGUGUGUGUCUGUGUGUCUGUGUGUAAGUGUGUGCUGGAGUGUGUUGGCGAGCGUUAGGAAAUGAUCGUCAGCCGGCCGUCGUCGAACGCGCGACGGAAAGGUGAUCGCGGUGAACGCAACCGACGGUGAGCGAAUAACGUCGCUCGCGGUGGUGUUUGAUUGUGUGCCCCUUCACAAGUGAGGUGAGGUAGAAGAGCAGUAGAAGCCUGGGGAAGAUGUGAGAUAUAUCCCACGUCUGGAAGUAAACGCAGGACACGCUCAUCCACGCAGGGAAAGGCAAAGGAUCGCUUCGUAUUCAGCGCGAAGCCCCAUCGUCCAUUUUGUUCGCAAAGCACAAAAGCAAGUCUGUACUCGCGCGCGCUCGUGUGUGUGUGUGUUCCAACAAUAUCAACCCUACUUCCACCCCUACUCAGCGGGGUUGCCGGCAGCACCCCUCGAACUGACCGUUGAAGGAAAUCAAAGAUCAGCGGUAGCGGCGGCGCCGGCGUGUUUGGUGUUGUUGCGCAGUUUUUUUAGCACACUUGCGAGCCGACGACGGACACGGCGCACAAAACACGGCAAAACAUUAGCGAACGAUCGACCCAACUGACAGCCGGUAAUACGAGAAGAACGGAACGCCCUUUCGGUACGGUAAGGAGGCCAAACAUAAGGAGCUUUUUUUUCGGCUUUGGAAAUCGACCAUCCAAAACACGGCUGACGUCACACACGGCAGUGUUCAGAAGAGAACUUUGUAUCACAGAACCAAACAGAAGACAAGUACUUCUCUUCCACGUCCCCAAAAGGCCACGAUCGGUUAUUUUUUUGUGUGCUGCUAGCGUUUGUUGGUGCGGUUCGUUGCGUGUGCCAUACAAUUGAAGGGUUGUGGCAGCAGCAGCAGCAGCAACAGCAAAAAAGGCCAAACGUUUCAGCCAACAAUCAAGCAUCUUCUGCGUGCUCUUCUGUGGAUAAAAAAGAAGCAAAAACGAACCAGACAUGCUGAACCUCGAGACGGGCGAGAUCGAGUACGGCACGGUCGGCGGGUACGAUCGUGAGCGUAUCUAUCUGGACAAGGAGACGGGCGAGGUGAGCAGCGACCCGACCGAGCAGGCCGGGUCGCGGCGGCGGCGCUCCAAGUUCCACAUACCGAAGCAGUACCUCCGCAAUCAGUGCGGCAUCAUCGGCCGGCGGCCAGCGGCACCGGCCGCCCCGAGCGUCAGCUGCGCGCUGAUGGCGUGCAAGCAAAAGAUGAUACCGAUGAUGAAGGAGGAGAUUACGGUCGGCUAUAACAGUACCGCACAUCUGCUCUUCCUGCUGCCGCUGCUGUUCGUGACGCCGAAGCUGUUCGCGCUCGUCAUCUCGUUCGUCGAGGUGAUGCUGCACAUGUGGGCCCACCGGAAGAACAGCACAAACGGCAACCCGGACGUCUACUACCGCAGCCCGAUGCACGUAGUGACGCGCCAGUUCUGCGAGGUGUGCCGCCACGAGCGGCUGAUGGGCCGGGUCGGGAAGCUGCAGGACGUGCGGAUGAAGCAGAUGCAGAACUACUUCCGGAAGGUUACGCGAAACAUUGCUUAGCGAAAAAGAAGAAAAACAAAAACAUCCCGGAGGCGCUUGCUGUCUACUGCCCUUCCUACCGCUACGUACUACAACUACUGGUGUGCCCUGACACUCUGUGUUUUAAGCUUACGCUCGCUCCCUCAGCCGUGGAGGUCUGGGGAUGAUGACCGAUAAUGCUGCUGCGUGCUGCCAAUGUGUGCGUGCGUUUUUGUGGCUGGCCCCUUCCCAGAUUAUAUUGUUUUGUUAUUUUUCUUUCUUUCUUUCUUCUGUUCUACUUUCACAAAACACUGCGCUGUAAAGUGAUAGCGUGUACAGAUUUACACAUAUUAAUAAAGCAAUCGAAACGCG